CGGUUGAAAAUAGCUUAUGAUGAGAAAGUGCUACCAUCCGAACUACGACAUUUGUACGCACAAUUCGAUACACCUCCGAUUCGUGAUCCAGAACUUUUCGGUAAGCCUACAAUAAUGAUGCUCGGGCAGUAUUCGGUCGGUAAAACAUCGAUGAUUUCCUAUUUGCUCGGUGGCACUUAUCCGGGCGCUGACAUUGGUCCAGAACCAACGACGGAUAUUUUCGCGCAUAUUUCUUAUAACGAGUUCCCGAUCACUGUACCGGGCACUACGCUUGUGGCCGAUAAGGAAUAUCAAUUUCAGGUUUCGCCUUCAAUUUUUUAA